AUGAGCAAUAAAGAGUUAAUCAAAGGGGUACUUGAAUUGGACCCAUGGUUAGAACCAUUUUCUCAGGCAUUGAUUGACCGACAAAUUACUUUCCGUGACUGGGUUUCCAAACUUGAUUCAAGUGAAGGUUCAUUGUUGAAUUUUGCUGAUUCUUAUAAAACCUAUGGAUUACAUGCUACAGCACAGGGUUACAAGAUUGUUGAAUAUAUCCCAGAUGUCGAACAGGUUAGUUUGGUGGGAGAUUUCAACAAUUGGAAUACUGAAUCUCACCAAUUGAAACAAGUGAAUAAUUUUGGAAGAUGGGAAUUGGAGAUUCGAGGUCAAGGUGUAAUCCCUCACGAUUCAAGGUACAAGAUUGCUAUGAAGUUGCCUAGCGGCGAAUGGAUUUAUCGAUUAGACCCUUGGUGUCAAAGAGCCACUUUCAACAAGGAUGACAACUUGUAUGAAGGAAGGUUUUGGAAUCCUCCAGCGUCAGAAGUGUAUCAUUUCAAAAACAAAAGACCGGUGUUGUCACAGGGAAUCAAAGUUUAUGAAGCCCACGUUGGUAUUUCGACACCAGAGCCCAAGAUUGGUACUUACAAGAACUUUACCAAGAAUAUCUUGCCCAAAAUUCAUGAAUUGGGAUACAAUACAAUUCAAUUGAUGGCCAUUAUGGAACACGCAUAUUAUGCGUCUUUUGGUUACCAAAUUACAAGUUUCUUUGCUGCUAGUUCAAGGUAUGGAACUCCAGAUGAGUUGAAAGAGUUGAUUGAUACUGCACAUGGCUAUGGAAUUAGAGUAUUGUUGGAUGUUGUCCACUCGCAUAGUUCAAAAAACGUUGCUGAUGGGUUGAAUAUGUUUAAUGGAACUGAUCAUUACUUGUUCCAUGGCGGUGGUAGAGGAAAUCAUGAUUUAUGGGAUUCGCGUUUAUUCAAUUACUCGAGCUAUGAAACGUUGAGAUUUUUGUUGUCCAAUUUGAAGUUUUAUCUUGAUGUGUAUCAAUUUGAUGGGUUCAGAUUUGAUGGGGUUACUAGUAUGUUGUAUAAACAUCAUGGAUUAAGCUUUGGCUUUAGUGGAGACUACAAUGAAUACUUUAAUGAAGAAUGGGCUGAUAAUGAAGCUAUUGCUUAUUUGAUGUUGGCUCAUCAGUUGAUGAAGGAUAUUAGCAAAGAGCAACAUAUUGAAAUCACAUCUAUUGCUGAAGAUGUUUCUGGUAUGCCUACAUUGUGUCGUCCCAUUGCUGAAGGUGGAAUUGGCUUUGAUUAUAGAUUGUCAAUGGCUAUACCAGAUAUGUGGAUCAAGAUUUUGAAGCAUCAAAAGGAUGAAGAUUGGGAUCUUGGCAACAUUGUUCAUACGUUGACCAAUCGUCGUCAUGGUGAAAAAUGCAUCAGCUAUUGCGAAUCACAUGAUCAAGCAUUGGUUGGUGACAAGACUUUGGCUUUUUGGUUAAUGGAUAAAGAGAUGUACACCAAUAUGUCCAAACUUAGUGAAUUGACACCAGUGAUUGAUCGUGGAAUAGCGUUGCAUAAGAUGAUCAGAUUGGUAACUUUUGCACUUGGUGGUGAGGGGUACUUGACGUUUGAAGGUAACGAAUUCGGCCAUCCUGAAUGGUUAGAUUUUCCUCGUGCUGGGAAUGGGGAAUCAUAUCAUUAUGCCAGAAGACAAUUCAAUUUAAUUGAUGAUGAUUUGUUAAGAUACAGAUAUCUUUUUGAUUUCGAUUCAGCUAUGCAACAUUUGGAUGUAUUGGAUUCACCACAAGCUUAUGUCUCUUUGAAACAUGAGCAAGAUAAAGUAUUGGUGUUUGAAAGAAAUGGAUUGUUGUUUAUAUUCAAUUUCAAUCCAACACAGUCAUUUACCGAUUACAAAGUUGGAGUUGAAACACCUGGCAAGUAUGAGAUCAUUUUGAAUUCGGAUGAUGCCAAAUUUGGUGGUCAUGAUAGAAUCAAAGAUCCAGUCCCUGGCAAGAAGCAAGAGUUUUUUACAAACAAUGACCCCUGGAAUAAUCGAUCUAACUCAUUGAUGGUUUACAUUCCAAGCAGAACUGCUCUUGUUUUGAAGAAAGUGGACUAG